CAGUGCCCUGCCCAGCCCCGCCGGCUUCCUCGCCUCCGCCCGCCAGCUGGAGCCGCCCUCCCGUGGGACAGGCACCCCCGCCCGGACCCGGCCAGCCUGCAUCCUGCCCCUGCCAUCUCGCCCUGCAGCUCGAGUCCAGCAAGGCACCAUUUUGUCGCGGCUGCCCCCUCUCCCGAGGGGAGGAGGGAUUUUUUUCUUCUUUUUUCUAUUUUGCAUUUCGGAGCGACUGCCAACGAGGAGAACCUGUUGGGCAUCUCCCCAGCCCGGCUGGUGAGCGCCUCCGGGGCGGCGGGCGGGACCAGACCCCUCGGGGCACGGCGGCGCAUCUCGGCACCGGAGGCGGCGCAGCAUCCUCACCGGGAAUCGGAGCCGGAGCGCCGCGGGCGGAGCCGCCGCAGCCUCAGAGAGAUCCCGAGCAGAGGAGGUGACAGCUCCAUUGCCGGGUUUUUAUUUUUAUUUUUAUUUUUUAUUUUUUCUUCUCCGCCUCCCCGUCUCCUCCUCAGGCUCGGACCAUGGUGCAGUCCCACCGGCUCCCCUGCCCCCCUCUCCCGUGAGCCUGGCUGCGGGGAGGGAUCAUGGAUACUUGUCUGCCGGCUUCUGGUUCCCACGCAAGUAAGCCUGCUGUCAAUGGAGGAGGACAUUGAUACCCGCAAAAUCAACAACAGUUUCCUGCGCGACCACAGCUAUGCGACCGAAGCUGACAUUAUCUCUACGGUAGAAUUCAACCACACGGGAGAAUUACUAGCGACAGGGGACAAGGGGGGUCGGGUUGUCAUAUUUCAACGAGAGCAGGAGAGUAAAAAUCAGGUUCAUCGCAGGGGUGAAUACAAUGUUUACAGCACGUUCCAGAGCCAUGAGCCCGAGUUCGAUUACCUGAAGAGUUUAGAGAUAGAAGAAAAAAUCAAUAAAAUAAGAUGGCUCCCCCAGCAGAAUGCAGCCUACUUCCUUCUGUCUACUAACGAUAAAACUGUGAAGCUGUGGAAAGUCAGCGAGCGCGACAAGCGGCCAGAGGGUUACAACCUGAAAGAUGAGGAGGGCCGGCUCCGGGAUCCUGCCACCAUCACAACCCUGCGGGUGCCUGUCCUCAGACCCAUGGACCUGAUGGUGGAGGCCACCCCGCGAAGAGUAUUUGCCAAUGCACACACAUAUCACAUCAACUCCAUAUCAGUCAACAGCGACUAUGAAACCUACAUGUCAGCUGAUGACCUGAGGAUUAACCUAUGGAACUUUGAAAUAACCAAUCAAAGUUUUAACAUCGUGGACAUUAAGCCGGCCAACAUGGAGGAGCUCACGGAGGUGAUUACGGCGGCCGAGUUCCACCCCCAUCACUGCAACACCUUCGUGUACAGUAGCAGCAAAGGGACAAUCCGGCUGUGCGACAUGCGGGCGUCGGCCCUGUGUGACAGGCACACCAAAUUUUUUGAGGAGCCAGAAGAUCCGAGCAACAGGUCGUUUUUCUCCGAAAUUAUCUCUUCAAUUUCGGAUGUGAAGUUCAGCCACAGCGGGAGGUACAUCAUGACCAGGGACUACCUGACCGUUAAAGUCUGGGACCUCAACAUGGAAAACCGCCCCAUCGAGACUUACCAGGUCCAUGACUACCUCCGCAGCAAGUUGUGCUCCCUCUACGAAAACGACUGCAUUUUUGAUAAAUUCGAGUGCGUGUGGAAUGGGUCAGACAGUGUCAUCAUGACCGGCUCCUACAACAACUUCUUCAGGAUGUUCGACCGAAACACCAAGCGUGACGUCACCCUGGAGGCCUCGAGGGAGAACAGCAAACCCCGGGCCAUCCUGAAACCGCGGAAAGUGUGCGUGGGGGGCAAGCGGAGGAAAGACGAGAUCAGCGUCGACAGCCUGGACUUUAGCAAAAAGAUCUUGCAUACAGCUUGGCAUCCUUCAGAAAAUAUUAUAGCAGUGGCGGCUACAAAUAACCUAUAUAUAUUCCAGGACAAGGUUAACUAGGAGGACAAGUUAUUAUUACUUAAUAAUCUCACCUACUGAAUACUAGUCAAACACGUUUUUAAAUGUUUCUUUUGGGUCUUCAUUUGAUGCAUUGACUUUCCUUUCCCUACACAGAAAACAACUGGGAGGGAAUUCAAAGGAGUCCAACUUCCCCAUAUCCCCAGUUCUAAGACACUUUUGUCCAGCCCAAUCGGUCCCGGACACUUCUGUUUAGAAUUGAGCGCUGCCAGCUUCCAUAGUUGACCUGAAUUUCUGAUGCUUUCCUUUGCCCAGUUUUCUCUGGUGGGUCCAGUGUUUUGUUGCUAGGUGUCUGCUGAGAUAAAAUGAGGUUGUCUGUAGUAUUUAAAGUGAAAGGGGAUACGUUUCUUUUUUUAAUUAAACAAUUCCCUUUGAUUGAAAAUUUCAACAAAAAAAUAAACGCCGUUUACUCUA